UAAGCAAGGAAGCCACUGUCGACAUCCUCUCUGAGUGGGCGAUAACAGCCGCUGGCCGAUCCUUUUGUCUCUCUCACUGAUUAGUUACUCCAGCUCUCGGCAACAUACAGUCUGACCUGUCUGAAGAGAUCGACAGAACUUCAGGAUGGUGUCUGGUGGAAGACAGAUUCUGGGAAUGGCCUUGGCCAUCAUCGGCUUUCUGGGGAGCAUCAUCAUCUGUGCUCUCCCUACCUGGAAAGUCACAGCCUUCAUUGGUGCCAACAUCGUCACCUCUCAGGUGAUCUGGGAGGGUUUGUGGAUGAACUGCGUGACCCAGAGUACAGGCCAGAUGCAGUGCAAGGUCUAUGACUCUCUCUUGGCCUUACCUCAAGACCUGCAGGCUGCCAGAGCACUCGUUGUCAUAGCCAUCAUUGUUGGGGUCUUUGGGAUCCUUCUUGGCGUGGUCGGGGGCAAGUGCACCAACUUUGUGGAGGAAGAAAGGCAAAAGAGCAAAGUGGCCAUCGCUUCUGGGAUCGUCUUUAUCAUCGCAGGCCUCUUGGUGCUAAUCCCCGUCUGCUGGACCGCCAACACCAUCAUUCGUGACUUCUACAACCCCAUCCUGACCAACGCUCAGAGGAGGGAGCUGGGGGCCUCGCUUUACGUCAUGGCUUCCAUGGGGAUGCAGAUGCUGGCCAGCGCCUUGUGCCUUCUAGGUUGGGUAGGGGUCAUCGUCAGCUGCAUGCUGCCCAUGUGGCGGGUCACGGCCUUCGUGGGCAGCACCAUCGUCACCUCCCAGACUAUUUGGGAGGGCAUCUGGAUGACCUGUGUGGUCCAGAGCACAGGACAGAUCCAGUGUAAACCUUAUGAGUCUCUCCUUGCUCUCAGCGCAGACCUGCAGGCCGCCAGGGCUCUCACUGUCCUCGCCAUCACUGUCGGCGGCAUGGGCCUCAUUUUGGCCUUCAUUGGAGGAAAGUGCACUCGCUUUUUGGAUGAAGAAGGUGGAGGGGUUAAGGGCAAGGUGGCUGUAGCAGCAGGGGCAGUGUUGAUUGCCACAGGGUUGCUGUGUUUGAUUCCCACCUCGUGGGCAGCAGGAGCUGUUGUGAGGAAGUUCUACAGUGCCUCCAUUGAUGCUCAGCGGAGGGAGAUCGGAGCCUGUCUCUACAUCGGCUGGGGAGCGUCCAUACUGCUUAUUCUGGGAGGGGGUUUGUUCAUCAGCUCAACAUGCCCCAUCAAAGCCCACGACACAGACAAGAGCCCAUCUGUCCGCUACCUGGUGGUCCGCUCCUCCAACAGGUCCACCCAGGCAGGUUCUCAUCGCGGCAGAGUGCCACCAGCAAAGUCUCAGCCAGUUUCAGCUGUGUUGUCCAGGGCUCAAAGCUACGAGGGACCAUCAGCAAAGUCUCAGCCAUACACAAAGCCUCCCUGGGAGGAAGGGCCUGAGCAGGGUUCAACGCAGCAGUCAGAAAAAUCAUGGGCACCAUCAACGAAGUCUCAGCUGAAUAGACCGGAGUCGGUAAAAUCUGAACACAGUGAGGCACCUUCUACAAAGUCUCAGCUGAAACAAGCAGAAAUGAGAGAGAAUUUAGCAGUUGAGAGUGAAAAUGAGGAUGCCUCCUCAAACCCAGCGAGAACAUACCUGUAAUGUGGACACACACACACACACACAAAAGCAACUAGUUAUUUAAAAGUGGAAGUUCACUCAUUUUCUAAAUGUUUACCACACUGAAGUUAAGUAUAUUUCUCAAUAUGCAGAUGAAUAGCACAUUUCAUAUGCUACGUUGCUAUUUCAUAAACAAAUGAAGUCCAGGGGUAAGUGAAGUAUGCCAUUGUUGUCUUCUUCUUGAAAAAUGAACUUACGGUAACUAGUUUCAUCUUUUUUCCUUCACUGUUUAAAUGCACUAACAGAGGAUGAAUCCUUCCAAAGAAAGAGUUUGACCUCUUUUUGACUACCCUGUUUCUGCUGGACACACAGCAACCUGAAUUCAACAUGAAGUCAUGAAGCAGCUUGAAGCAGCUGUGGAUUUUAGCUUAUUUCUCCUGAUUACUUUAAAACGAUAGCGUUACAGUUUUUAAUUAAAGUAUGUGUUGAUUUUAUAAGGUCUACAGCCACGAAAACCUCCACUUUACGUCGUAUACAAAACUGUCAGGGGUUUCUGUAACUGUGAAAUGUAAUUUUCUGUGUAUUUUAUUUGAACAGGUAAUACUGAAAGAUAUUUGUAUGUUUGCCUUUCAAUAAAUGACUGCAAUUUGUUGAAGCAA